GUGUGAAGUCCGCCAUCGUCGCGAACCGACACACAAAUCAUGCCCACAAAAGGACCUCCACGAGUCCUUAAUCCACGCUCCAAUACCACCACCGGUGCCUCUGCCUCCCCCUCCUCAAACCCCUCCAAAACCCCCUGCAACUGGCCUCCAGGAAUAACCUACUUAACCCGUCCCCAACUCAGCAGAUCCCUCCCGGUCGAAACCCUCACCCACCUCUCCCUGUCCUCCACCAGCCCCCUCUCCACCCCCUCCGCCCUGGUCAGAAUCCGCAGAAUCACCGACCCAGCACACCCGGCAUACGGACAACUCGGACUCUUUGCCGCAAAGGCCCUCCCCGCACGUUCGUUCAUCCUGGACUACCUGGGAUACGUGCAUGAUGACAACGACCUCGACGAGUCAUCGGACUACGACCUCUAUCUGGACCGGGAGUUACGCGUUGGCGUGGAUGCGCGCAGUAUGGGAAACGAGGGGAGGAUGGUUAAUGAUUAUAGGGGAGUUCCGGGAUUUGUGAGGGCCAAUGUCGUAUUCGAGACCAGGAGUGUUGGGGGGGAGGUUAGGAUGGGGUUGUGGGUCGGGAGUAGAGACGUGAAGAAGGGGGUUGAGCUGUGUGUCAGUUACGGGAAGGGGUUCUGGAAGGAACGGCUGGGGGCAGGGGAGGAUUAAGCUUAAAUUAGAUAAGAUGUUCAGUAUCGAUUAUGCUAAUGGAUUCGAGUAUCAAGCCAGGCCAUGGUACUAGCCGAUUUAAAAAGUAUCCGGACACCUUGGCGCCAAGACAGGGCCACUGGGUGCCAAGGCGUCCGGAUACUUUAAAAAUCAGCUAGUACUCGAGUAUGGUGGGAUGAUAAUCAUCCCGCACAAAGAACUUAUUGUAAGGCUCACUGUAAUCAUAAAAAAAAAAUAGAAAAGCUUGACCGAACCUCACUACCACCGGGAUAAACACAUUUCCGGAAAAGAAUGUUUACCCA